UGCAACAUGCAGCAUGAGCCAUAACAACGCUCUAAAGACAUUCUUGCUCUUGCUAAAAGGGAAAUCCAAAAUAGAAACAGUAAAAGAGCAGAACACUCAUCUCUCUCUACAUGUUGCAGAGAGAGACUCAGAGCGAAAGAGAAACAGUAUUUAUCAAUUCCUCAAUAGGUACUGGAGGAGGACCCUGGGUCUACAGGUGCGCUAUGCAGACUGUGGGGGAUACCGCUUCUGUUACUCUUACAGAGGGAAGCCGGGGUUCAGACCAUCCAUCCUCAUGCUACAUGGUUUCUCUGCUCACAAAGACACAUGGCUCACUAUGGUCAAGUAUCUACCCAAACACCUGCACAUACUGUGCGUGGAUAUGCCUGGCCAUGAGGGAACCACUCGUACCAACUCAGAGGACUACUCCAUCCAGGGCCAGGUCAAGAGGAUUCAUCAGUUUGUGGAGAAUGUUCGACUGAACAGGAAGCCCUUCCAUCUGGUCGGGACCUCCAUGGGGGGCAAUGUGGCAGGAGUGUACGCAGCCAGCUUCCCCUCCGAAAUCUGUAGCAUCACCCUUAUCUGUCCAGCAGGUAUACGAUACCCCUGUGAGACAAAAUUUGACAAUCAUCUGCAGGACCUUGAGCACAGCCAUUACACUCUGAGCAUCCCACUGAUUCCGUCCACACCAGAGGAGAUGGAGGAUAUGCUCAGGCUUUGCUCCCAUGUCCGCUUUAAGAUCCCUCAACAGAUUCUUCAAGGACUGGUGGAUGUUCGGCUUCCACACAAUGAUUUUUAUCAAGAAGUUUUCAUGGAGAUAUUGGGUGAGAACUCCAGAUACGCCCUACAGGACAAUUUGCAGCUGAUUACUGCCCCUUUGCAAGUCAUUUGGGGCAAACAGGACCAGGUGGUGGAUGUCUCUGGAGCUGUGGUAGUGGCGGAGGCCUUGCCCGGUUGCAGGGUGGACCUGUUAGAGAACUGUGGCCACUCUGUGGUGAUGGAGAGGCCUCGCCGGACAGCCAAACUCAUCAUGGAGUUUAUUAUCUCCCUGGGUACCACCAGCGGAACCAUUAAGAAGCACUCCUGAGAAAUACAUUCUUUAUGGAAGUUUUAUUAUUUAGUCAAGCAUUUUAUUUUGAAAUGUAAAAAAAAAAUGGUUUAACGAUCAACUAUUUACUCUAAACUCUUAAUUUUUCAGAUUCAGUUAUUUUUUUCACCCAUGUAAUAUCUUGGUCAAAUAUGUUGUUUUCCUCUUCCUGCAAUGUUUGAUCACAUUUGACUAAAUUAUUAAACCCUGCCUGUGUCUAAUUGAAUUGAUUUUCAUCAAACUAUGCUGAUGGAAUGUUUGUAGCUAGCCUAUGUGCAUAAAAUAAAGAAUACUUCCAUCUC